GAUACAGGUCAAUCUUCCCGCGUUGACUUGAGUUGACUGUGUGAGAUCUUCUUUGUUUUUCUCACCGUGAAACUCAUCGAGGUUACAUUUAGGCAACUUGCUAUAUAGAGGUGAAAGGUCAAAUGACAUAAUGGCAUCAAGCGCUACAAGGUCAGCGACCUCCAGCCCUGCAAAGAGCGAGCGGAGUGUGAGCGAAAAGAGUGAAAAGAACACCUUUACGGAUCUCAAGUCUAUAGUGAAGUCUGAGUACAUGAGCUUGGUGGCUAACAGACGCUUCAAGAGAGCAGGAGAAAUAAGGAUGAUAUGGUCUGCUAAUCGUAAGAGCAUAGAAGAGAGGACAGAGGAGAACGAGAGGAAGAAUCUAGAACGUCCCUUCCAGUCCAUCCACACGGCUGCUUCCUUUGAUCAACUUCCAAUUACAAGAAAGUGCUCCAUAGAGGUGGGUAGUAAUAAGCACAAACAGACUGCUUCUCUCCACACGCUCAAUGGUGUCAGCUCAGUGCCAUGUGUCUAUACCUGGGCCCCACUUCAACAAAACUUCAUGGUAGAAGAUGAAACUGUUCUUCACAACAUUCCUUACAUGGGCGAUGAAGUUUUAGAACAAGAGCAGACGUUCAUCGAGGAACUCAUCAAGAACUAUGACGGCAAAGUCCAUGGUGAUCGAGAGGGAGGUUUCAUUGAUGAUGAAGUGUUUGUAGAGCUUGUGAGGAGUGUGGCAGCCACUGAAAGUCAGUUGAUGGUCAAGAAAGAAGAAGAGGGUACUGCAGUAUCCGAUUUGACAGAGAUGAAGGAAGAGGAAGUUAAAGAGCCGGAAGUGAAAGAGCCAGAACUGAAGACGUCGGAAGUGAAAGAACCAGAAUUAAAGACGCCAGAAGCAAAAGAGCUGGAAUUGAAAGAACUGGAAUUGAAGACGCCGGAAUUGAAGACGCCGGAAUUGAAAGAGCUGGAACUGGCAACGCAAGAAUUGAAAGAGCCGGAAUUGGAGAUGGAAGAAGAUUCUGUGCCAUCCGAUUUCCCCAAGGAUAUCAUCUUCAAGGCCAUCGUCAGCUUCUUCCCUGAGAGAGGAUCAAUAGAAGAGCUCAAAGAGAGAUACCGGGAGCUGACUGAGAAACAGGAUCCUAACAUCCUACCUCCGGAGUGUACCCCUAACAUCGACGGUCCCAACGCCAAAUCAGUGCCUAGAGACGAGACUAUGCAUUCCUUCCACACUCUCUUCUGCCGACGCUGCUACAAAUACGACUGCUUCCUCCAUCCAUACCAUCCAACUCCGAGUCAGACCAAGCCGAAGAAUAAAGAGUUCCGUACCGGAACUGAGCCAUGUGGCCCAAGCUGCUUCAUGCAUAAGCAAGAGUACAGCAUUCCAGAGCUUCCCCCUCCAGCCGCGGACAAGAGCAAGGGAUCUCCGUUCCGACCUGGCUACAAGAAGCUAGGGGGAGGGCGCUCCAACACGAGCACUCCGACCAAAUUCCUCGGGGAGUUGGACCCGGAUUUCCAGCCAUUCGAUAAACCAUUCAUUGAACCUGAGAGUAGCAGUAAUGACAGCUUGCCAGCAGAGACCAACCUGGUUACAUCGGAUGAAUGGAACGGAAGGGAAUCCUCGCUCUUCAGAGUAUUAAGAAACGUCUACUACAACAACUACUGUGCCAUGGCUAGGUUACUCAGGACAAAGACUUGUAUUCAGGUGGCAGAAUUCUCAGCGAAAGAAGGUGAAGCUAUGGAGCUCUCACCGGAGCACAACACCCCACCCAGGAAGAAGAAGAGAAAACAGAAGUUGUGGUCUAUGCAUUGCAGGAAGAUUCAGCUUAAGAAAGACAAUUCUUCAACUCACGUCUACAACUACCAGCCUUGUGAUCACCCCGGCAAACCAUGUGAUGCUGAUUGUACGUGUAUCAUGCUUCAAAACUUCUGCGAAAAGUUCUGUCAGUGCAGCCCUGAAUGUCAGAAUCGUUUCCCUGGCUGUCGUUGUAAGGCUCAGUGUAACACCAAGCAGUGUCCAUGCUACCUCGCUGUGAGAGAAUGUGAUCCGGAUCUAUGCCAGACUUGUGGAGCAACGGGUGUAUUUACGGACAAGAGUACCAGUGAGAGUAUAUCCUGCAAGAACGUCAGUCUCCAACGAGGAUGGAAACGGCACCUUCUUCUGGCUCCAUCUGAUGUUGCCGGGUGGGGCAUCUACAUCACCGUUCCAGUGAUGAAGAACGAGUUCAUCUCAGAGUACUGUGGAGAGAUUAUUUCUCAAGACGAGGCAGAUAGACGAGGCAAGGUCUAUGAUAAAUACAUGUGUAGCUUCCUCUUCAAUCUCAACAAUGAUUUUGUUGUGGAUGCCACCAGGAAAGGAAACAAGAUUCGUUUUGCCAAUCAUUCCAACAUGCCAAACUGUUAUGCCAAAGUGAUGAUGGUAAACGGAGAUCAUCGAAUAGGUAUUUUUGCCAAGAGAAACAUCCAAACUGGUGAAGAGUUGUUCUUUGACUACAGAUAUGGACCCACCGAUGCUCUGAAAUAUGUAGGAAUUGAAAGAGAGAUGGACAUCCUAGCAGGGAAGUAGGAACCAAUCCAGACCUCAAUUCAACAUUCCAGGAAAAUUAUGACUAACUCUGCCUGAAUUUUGCAGGUUUUUCUUGUAUUCUUAGUUUUCCAGUCUGUUUUUCUAAAAGAAGACUGUUUUAAUGUGCUGUAUUUUUUCAUGCUGAAAAUAUGGAAAUGUUAUUUUUAUGUGAUGCAUCGUAGUUGUAAGCAAGAAAUAUUUGAUAUGAAAAGGUUAUAGUGUUAAAGAUGUAGAUCACUACAGCUACCACCACCGUCACCAUCACCUCACCAAAAUAUUACUUGAAAGCAUGUCACCCCCCCCCCCCCCCCCCCCCCCCACAGUCUGCAUCCUGGAAAAUUAAGACUAAAGAACAGAAUAAGAAUUGUGUAUAUAAAUGGGAUUUAUAAAUUGAGUUUAUGUUGAUUUUAAUUUAAUAGAACCAGUUACUGUGUGGCAUUAUAGCAUGCAGACAUCCAACUAUAACUUUAGAACUGUUGACAACAGAAUCAACAGCUAUUCAACAGAUCAGUAGCAUAACUCAUAUUUGUUGUACUUGUUCAGGUAUAUUGUAACAGUUUGUAAACAGAAUUGUUAUGACAGCAGUGCCUUAUAAUUGAUCACUGACCAGAUCUAAUGCAUGUAAUAUUUUCAGAUAAAAGAUGAUAAUCCAUGUAAGUAUUUUUAUACAUACGCUAUUGUUCUAAAUUUAUAUCUGUCCAAGCAGUAUUUCAAUGAGAAUCAACUUUAAACUAACAUCAAUUCUUGUACAUAUUCUGCUGCAUGACUUUUGUCUUUAAAAGAAGCUAUAAAAGAAACAAUUUUGUUUUGUUUAGUGUAGCUCAUACAUGUGCCAUGUGAUGUUCAAGAAAUAGCAGUGAAAAGAGACACACAAUAAAAAUCUUUUCGUCUUGCUCUCAUCGGAGUAAAUCACAAGAAAGAACAUAAAUGUGAUGUUUAUUAGUUUGGUAAUUGCAAAAAAAGGAUUACUGAAAAUGAUAAACCUCUUCCUACAGACUCGUUCUAAGUACAUGUGUAAGAAGCUUUUCAUGACAGACAUGACAAAGCUCUUACAAAGAAAAUAAGAUCAUCUUUAUAAAUUGGUUAUUAAAAGAGAAAUCCACCUUUCCAACAUGUUCUUGGCAACAACGAAAAAGAAUGAUAAUUUUUAAAGAAAUUUACGCAUGCACCCAGUAAAUAAAGAUUGCGUGCUCGAUCUUGUGAUUAAUAACAAGUCAGAAAAAGUCUUGGAACCAGCAGGAUUUGGACCUGUCAUCUACUGCUUGCUGGGCAGCGACUCUACCAUCAGGACAUCACUGGUCCAUAGCACAGUCACGAUGAACUGGAAACAAAUACCUCAGCUAUCCUAAUUCUGACUUAUUGAUAUUCAUUAGUCCACCAUCACGACAAUAGGGUUGGUAUGAAUGUAAGGCUUCCUGGGAGUAGUUUCAAUUGGUAAAAAAUCAUAAUAAAACAGAAUGGGGAACAA